AUGACCCUGGGAGCUGGAUGCUGCGGGGAUGCUCCCUGUGGUUGGCAUGGAGACGGGUUAAUGUGGAUGUUGACCUUGUGGAGGAUGCAGCACGCACACAGACGUAUGGACAGUCUCCAGGCGGUGGAGCGGACAGUGCACCCUAUGCCUAAGACAGCUGGGGGGGGGGGUUCUGUGGUGUCUGCAGCUCUUUCCUCUGUCUACAGCUCUAUGGAAACAAUUCUGGUGACUGGAGGGGUUAUGGACGUUCAGGUUGUCAGAUCACAAGAUGAGGGUUUUGCAGCUAUAACAGGAGGUUCCAUCCAAAGCGUAUGGAAGCUCAACAAGUUUAGCUUUUGGUGA